GUAAUUUUUAAUUUCAGAACAUUUCGUUGAAAAAGAAUUGUUAUGGCUAAGAAUGUACUAUAUGGAAAAUAAAAUCCUAUUGAGCGGUGAAAAGUUGUACUAUUGAACAGUGAAAAAUUUAAAUAACGAAUUGAUCAAAUAUUGAAAUCGGAAAAAGAGCUAGAAGAAACAAUCAGAGAUUAUCGCUUUGCAAUGUUUACCGUUGAUUGGAGAUGAUCACAUACUUCCGUGAGCUCAUUUUUUUGGUCUUGUCCACAGUUUGCAGCAGCGAUCAACAGCUACUCAAUUUUGUUCGUACUGAACGGGCCGCUGUCUAUCAAAGCCAUUCAGUUCCACCACAAUCAUUUCUAUUUGUCAAUGGAUCAGCACCGAUGCCAAAGGAAGCAGUUCGACCCUUUGAAAGGUCACUUCGAGAUGGCACAACGACAAUAAACGUAGCUGUUGCCCUAUGGAUUCCAGGAGAUGGUGCUGCUGCUAUUUGGGGACGUGUUUGGGAAGAAAAUGGCGGAAUGAAAGCCCUAUUUAUUUUUGACAAUACGGUCAAAGUUCUAAGUCGGGGUUUUCGAUUACUGAUUUACAGUGGCUCACCGGACGUUAAUGGAUUCAAGUUUACCUGGAUGCGGGUCAAAGAUGUUGAUCAUGGUACCAUACUAUUUUCUGGAACAAAUAUGCAUACACCAGCGGUAUUUUCGGAAGAUAGCCAAUACGAGUUUCUUGGUGAUGCGGACUGGCAGAAAAGAAGGAUGGAAUUUGUGAAAUAUGGUUCUGAUGAACCGCAUACAGUAGGAAAUUAUGGCGGAAAACGAUAUUUUGAUGAUGAUGUAUAUGUGCUCACCAAGCAACGAUGUAAUUGUCAAUGUUAGUUUCUGAUUUUAGGAAUGAAUUACCGGUAGAUUGUCUAGUUGAAAAUGUUCUGGUUAUUAUAACUGUGAUAGUUUGAUAGUUCGUUGCAGUACAAGAGCUUCCGAAUAUUUGAAUCUUUUCGCUGUGAUCGAAGUGAAACAUGAAUAAUAAUAAAUGAACCUUUGUACUUCAUUGUGAUAUUCGGCGGUGGUGCUAUCGUAUCUGUUAAUAUCAUUAAAAGUAAAUUGUUAUUUCUCUUAAAAUUACCUCAACCAACAACUUCAUCCUAGUUAUUUUGUUCCAUCUCUCUUUCGUUAUUAUAUUUAUGUAGUCUUUUCCUCCAUUCCAGUGGCUUUUUUUUUUUUUUUNUUU